AUGACGAAUGUCUGGAGCGCUCACGUAACGAAGGAAGGACGGACGUACUACUACAAUCGCCAUACGAAGCAAAGUGCAUGGGAAAAGCCAUCGUCCUAUGAUGGAGAAGGUUUAGGUGUUUCUACGGAGCCUGGGACGCCGUCGAUUGCGUCUUUUGAAGCCAAGAAAAGCGAAUGGGAAGAACUUUGGGACCCGAAGAAUGAACGUGCUUAUUAUUACAAUCGAACGAGUCGGAAAACGCAAUGGCAGCGACCAGAAGGAGUCGAGAUUAAACCACAUGCAGGAGCUACUGCUGCUCGAGAGAAACGACACGAGAAACAUCGUUAUAAAGUGAAAAAGAAUGACGAGAAGAAUCUGAUUCGAGACGGUAACGAAGUGAAUAUGGAGAUAACAGCAGAGGGGAAUCAGAUGAUGGAAGAUGGGACACAUCAGAUGGUACAAGACGAAGAGACGAAUCAGAUGGUACUGCCAUUGAAAAAGAAAAAGAAAAAAUCAAAACGAGAAAAAGUCGAAGUUGUGACGUGUGAGAAUCCGAGAAAACGACGUCGACAGGAUGAAAAGCGACUGAUUAUUUGGGACGAUGAAGAGAUUGUAGCGAAUGAUUUGACUAGAGAGAUUAAGGAGAAGGAUACGGUCGAUGGUAAAGAAGCAACAAGAUUGUUGCAUGAAUUGUCCAAGACAGAUGCUAUCAUGGAAGCCAAUGUGUUGUCCGUGAUCAAUGGAUUUUUGAGAGCACAUACGGAGUCGAAUGGACCAGAGAUUUUAGUGGAAAAACUGUCGUCGUCGUACCGUGGUCAUGCCCAGAUGAUCGGACUCGUUGCGUCCUGGUUGGACGCACUGCCUGUCUCGACGACAGCGUUGGAGAAUAAGAUGACGUUUGAUGUGAAUGAAGGAGCAGUUAUUGCGAACAAGGGUGCGACGUGGGACCCGGCCGAGGAGAUUCUGUACAAUCAUUUGAAAGACGUUAUUAACGAGAACUACGACCCGAAACUCGUAUCGAAUGUACUCAGUGGUUCGGCGGUGGAGCCUGCGUGGCUGACUAAAAUGCUUAACGAUCGCAAGUGGCGACUUAUGCUAAUUCAGCUCGCGGAAACACACAAGACGUGUACAUUGCUACAAUAUGCGAUUCGACGAAUUUCAGAAGCGGGGCACCACAAAGAGAUUGCAUCGAUCACGAGUGCGAAUGCAUUCUUUCCAGUAUUCAGCGGUGUGCUUGUGGAUGCAUUCAGUCGAAUUCCAUUGGCCAACGAGGAGGAAGUGGUGGAAGAUAUUGCUGCCCUCAAUAAGGUCUGCUGUCAGUCUUCGCACUCGUAUGUCUACACACAAGAGCUUCUGUACUCUAUAGACGACAAGCUGUAUUUAAUGCAGAAAGACGUCGGCGUUGAAAGUUCAGAGUACUCUCAUAUACGCAUGAUGCGCUCAAAGUUGAAUCGUGUGCGUGGUGAGCUCCAAGAGACAGCAAGUCGCAGAUUUGGCGCUAAAAUCGUCCCAUUUCAUAUACUGCGCCGGCGAUAUAUUUACGAUGCGAACCCAAAGUUUUGUGAUGCGAUCUUAUCGAUCGUCAAGACAAAGACAUGCUCAGAACUGAGUGCAGAGACCUUGGCAAAGGAGUACCAGACGUCGAAGACCCCGCCUCCGGUUGCCCAUUUGCGAGACUCUAUGGUCCUGUCAAGUUUACUUGAUCGACUUUUCAACCCAUCCGACUCAAUUCCACUGACAUUUGUGCAGAACUGCGUGUUUCUGGUGGCAUACGCGGCGUCUACGAAGGAUGAACGGAGCUUACUGCAGACUGGUGUUCACGGAUUGUCCGAUCAGAUUGAAGUCGAUGAUGAUGGCGUUGAUUCCACGAAGAAAGCGCUUGUCGAAGCCUCAGCGAUAUGCAAGUCAGAUCACACCAUUGGCUAUAAUAUGAACCAGUCGGAAGUGGUGGACAAGCUGAUCUCGGUGAUGUCCGUCCCUGUUGUAUCCAUGGGCGUGUUGCACUGGUUGGAGGUUAUUCUUACAUCACCUGGUUUCUUCAGCAGCACGCCUCUCCACAUUUGCUUUCCCAGUUUGCUCCGAAUAUUAAAGGCUUCUAUCAAGCUUCACGUUGCACAGUGGCCAAUCUCUUUUGGUGUGCUGGUGACAUCGCUUCGGCUACACCCUGAAAAUAACCCGGUGAAAGCACUAGAGUUGAAGCGGGAGACGCUGCGAUGCAUGGUGUACAUGAUCACGAGUGGUUACGUGCUGCCCGUAUUGGAGUUUAUUUUUACUAACACGCUCGAGCUGGAUCAAGCGUUGCUUCGCAAUUUUAUCACGAUGCUGCUCGCGCGUGUUGCACCGCCAUUCUCACCAAAGUUCGCAGCGGCUUUGACGAAAAUUCUGACGCACCCGAAGGUGCAGACCGCAAUCAAAUCUUGUCCAGCUGAGAGCAAGAUAAAGUUGCGAGGCUUUGUGGGUUUCUGCAGGAAAAACCCGAGCAUGUUGUCUUCGGACCAGUUGCAUUCGCUGACCGUCGGCCAGGAAGGACGGGAUUAA